GAAGCACAGUCAGUUUUCUUUGAGCAGAGAUUUCGCUAUGUGCCAAGCAUUCUACGGUUCUGCAGACCUUGCCAGCUCCCCUUUGGGUCUUGGUGGACAAAUAGCUAAAGAGUGUGUACACACACAGCCUCGUGCGACAUUCAGGUAGACCGUAUCUGUGGCCAGCACCUCCCGGAGUGCACCCGAAGUCUGUCUACACUGAGGCUCAUGCCCCCCAGAUGUUCAAUGAUGUGGAACGGGUGUUUCUGGGUUUUAUCCCUAUAAGCGCUACAUCUUUGUGCUGAGUCAGCUCUUAAUGUAAAGUCGUUUCUGUUAACGGGUAAACGUGAGACACACAACUAAGUUGGUUGUUCUUGCUUUGGGUUGUUUCCGUGGAGUCCCUUCAUAGAAGUGGAGCUGUGGGUCGGUCAGGCUGAAUGGUUAUGUCACUUUGCUGAUUUGUGUUCUGGAAAAAUGUAAUCUUCCCAGUGCCCUGCGUGGGAAGUGGGAAGGGGGCUGACCCCAAGGGCUUUUUUUUUUUUUUUUGCCAGUCAGUAAGUAGGUAAACUAAAGGCGGUUUUAAGUUGUGCGGCUGUAAGCAUAGGGGUCUGGGGGCCAUGCCGAAUCCUGACCCAGAGGGCCCGUCACCAUGGAGACCACCACCCAUUUCCUCUUCCCAGGCGUUCAUGCUGACCUCCACAAGGGAGGCUCCUGCAGGCUUCCUGUGGCCAGUAGGACCAUAACUGCCCUCUCUGGGUCCCCUCACCCUGUGGCAUGCCAACAACGAGAUGUGUGGAGACUGGUGCCCCGAGAACGAGGGCUCCUGUGGCCCAUCUCAGGAAUGGGUGGCCCCUUUGGUGGCCAGGGGCCCCCUGUGUGCAUGGCCACUCACUGUGGUCAGGGCUCUCCCUCCCUUUCAGCUCCCGAUUCUCCUGAAGGGAACGUCGGAUGAUGACGUCCCGUGUCCAGGCUACCUGUUUGAGGAGAUCGCCAAGAUCUCCCACGAGUCCCUGGGAAGCAGCCGGUGCCUCCUGGAGUACCUGCUGAGCCGUCUGCAGAGCGGCUCUGGCCGCGUGAAGCUCAAGGUACUGAAGAUCCUGCUGCACCUGUGUGGUCAUGGCUCCUCGUCCUUCCUGCUCAUCCUUAAGCGCAACCCCGCCUUCAUCCAGGAAGCCGCAGGGCUGCUCCUCAGGGCCCUAGUAAGCCUUCCGCUGUUGGAAGGGCUGUGGGAGGACGGGACUGGUGAGGCCGUCAGGAGAGGUGGGGCUCUGGCCUGUCGUGGUCCAGGCGACAGUUUUCACGGGACCCCCGGAUCCUCUCCACGGGAACAGCUUGUACCAGAAGGUGCGGGCAGCCGCCCAGGACUUGGGGGCUGCCUUGUUCUCGGACACCUUGUCACCUCUGCCCCCUUCCCAGCCACCCAGGGCCCUGCCUCCAGCAGGUAUGCAAGCAUGGGCUCCCAGUCCAGGCCCCAGAGCUCCCUACAGGGCUUCGGCUACAGCAAGGAACGGGGCCACACAGGCUCUGCGGGCGAAGCCUUCCUGUCCACCAUCCAGAAGGCCGCAGAGGUGGUGGCCAGCGCCAUGCGCCCUGGGCCUGAGAGCCCCAGCUCCCAGAGAUCCCUUCUGCGAGGUGACGCCUACCAGCCGGCUGUGACACCUUCAGCCGGCCUCGGCCCUCCAACCCCCAGGAACCCUCUCCCCACAGCCGGCCCAGGUGCCCGAGCCAUGAGACACCAGCCUGGGCAGGCCGGAGGCGGCUGGGAUGAGCUGGACAGCAGCCCAAACUCUCAGGAUUCUUCCCAGGAAAAUGACGACCUGGGCAAGGCCUCGGACUCAGGUAGUCCGUCGGGCAGUGACAGCCCCUCAGGGGCCAGCUGGGCACCCAGCGACCUGGCAGAAAGGGUCGAGGCCGUGACCCUGAGUGACUGCCAGCAGGAGCUGAGCCUGGUCCGGGCCGUGACACGGGGGCCACAUUGCUUCCUGAGCCGAGAGGAGGUGCAGCACUUCGUCAAAGAGUGUGGACUCCUCAACUGUGAGGCCGUGCUGGAGCUGCUCAUCCGCCACCUGGGCGCAAGCAGCGAGCGUGUGCAGAUGAGAGCCCUGGGUGCCAUCGCCUCCCUCGGGUGCACCGACCUGCUCUCCCAGGAGCGAGUCCUGCUCCUUGCCCGGCCUCGGCUGCAGGAGCUCAGUGUGGGCAGCCCUGGACCCGUGACCAACAAGGCCACCAAGAUCCUGAGACACUUUGAAGCCUCCUGCCGACAGUGGCCCCCUGCCCGGAGGCCCCCAGCUGAGCCUGGCCCCGCAGUUGCCCGUGUGGGCCCAUCAGACCUGCUGACCGACACCCUGCCUUUCACCGGGGGCCAGGCUUUCCUGCAGCCUCUGAGUUCAGCUCUGUUUUCGCCCAAGAGCACCGCUUCCCCAUCGGGACUGCAGCCCGGCCCUGUGCCCCCGACUUCCCUGGACGGCUGUCCCCUUCCAGCCCGUGCGGAUGCCAGGGAGGCCAAGACUAGACUGGCAGGUUCCAGAGAGCAGGGGGCUGGAUCUGAGCGGGGCUCGUUCGGCACAAACACUGCAAAGAGAGGGCCAGAGCUUGACCCGGGCCCCGGGGAUAGCUGUGGCUCCUUGUUUGCUGGCAUGGAACUGGUGGCCUGUCCCCGCCUGGUGGGGGCCGGGACUGCUGCAGAAGAGCCCCUCCCAGCCUGCCAGGCUCCCUGGACGUCGUCACAGAGGGUGGCAUCAAAAGAGCCUUCUGGCUCUGAGCCAUCAGCGUUCGCAUUCUUAAACUCAUGAUCUUGUCAGCCUGGGCCACUUGCAGAGUCUCUGUGUCCCCCAGCCCCUCACCCCUAGGACUCUGUGACUUUGUGCUGUCCCCAUGUGCCCAGAGCCUCUGUGUCCCAGCAAAGAGUGGCUCCCCUCAGGUGUCUGCAGUCGGCCUCGCCCUCCUCUGGCCUCCUCCCCUCACCCACUGAGGCCUUGGUGCGGGCAGCCACCCAGCCAGGUAAGCUCAGAGUGGACAGCCCGCCCAGUGACGAGAACAGCCACCAGUAAAACACAGAUAAUAUUUCAGGAGUCCACGAACCAGCCAGAGCCAGGCCGGCACUGCUGGAAGGGUCAUCCUUGCCCGUGGGGGCUACUCCCCAACCUUGUCCCUGAGGUGGCUUCCCCAUUUUUCUGCUGGGGGGCAGGACCCCCCCAGCCCACCCCGUGGGUGUGAUGGCCGAGGAGCAGCCCCCCAAGCAGCCCGCAGGACACACGGGGAGGGCGGGACGGGCACAGAAUGAGGAGCCAAGUGCUUGCUGAGACUGGCAGCCGGCGGGCCCUGGGCUGCCGGGUCCCCCACCUCACAGCCAUCUGGCCUGGCCGGAUGAGCAUACCACCCGCUUUUCCCAGUUGCCAAAGGGAUCCUAAGGGAGGACAGUGGGGUGGGUGGUAUGGCGUAGCCUACCUGGAGGGUGUGGGCGGGAAGGCCUGCUGACCGAGCUCAGAGACCAGACGCCCCUUGGAACUGUCCUCAGUCCCCAGGGUCCUCACGGGCACACAGAGAGGGGCACCAGGGGGAGACAGACAGGCCCUGUCUGCAGGCUGAGCCCAGGCCUGGCCCCCAGCCAAGCUUCUGCUGUUUCCAGACGACAGGCCUGAGAGGAGGACCGCAGGGCCACCUCAGUCAUUCCCCCUUGCCCACACUGUCUCCUUGGCCAGAGACUGGCCAUUUGGACUUGAAUUCCUAUAGCAGCAGGCAGGCACAGGGCCUCACAAAUGCUGACCGUGGGGUCCCCUGGGGAAACCCCUGCCUGCCUGGCCCUCAGAAACAAGGAUUUUUGGGUGGAUUUGGAAUCACUGCUUGGGUCUUUGAGCUCAGAUCCCUCUCUCAGCGGGGGUAGGGGGUGUGUCCUAAGCAGUGUCACACCUUCUCGUCCAGCAGGACGGGGUCCUUUCCAGCACUGGGUCCCUGUGUGACCUAUGUCAGCUCCCCCCUGCCGUGACCACUGCCUGCAGACUGUACGGCCACCUCAGAGCAAUGGCUGUGGUCCCUCUUGGAAGAACUGGGGUUGACCUGGGGUCACACCUCCUACAUAAACACUGCUGUUCACACAAA